AGGAGCGCCGCGUCUCCACGGUUCAACCAUCCCGGUGUGGAGACAAAAGACGACUAGGCGUAGCCGUCUCCGUCUCCCGCUGCAAAUUUUCCCCCAUCCAGCGUCACGUUUCGGAUCGCCCUCCCCGACUUGUGAAGAUGACUACUUCAAGGCGCCUUGCUGACAGAAAAACUGAAAAAUUCCAGAAGAAUAUUACAAAGAGGGGCUCAGUACCUGAGACAACAGUGAAGAAGGGAAAUGGCUAUCCAGUUGGCCCUGUAGUGCUUGGGUUCUUUAUCUUUGUGGUCAUUGGAUCAUCUUUGUUUCAGAUAAUUAGGACAGCCACAAGUGGUGGGAUGGCGUGAAGCCUCCAUGGUGACGAAUAAUACGCCUCAGUCGAGAAUGCAAUGGUGGUGGUUUACAGAACCUGAGGUUGAAUCCUCCUACAUUCGUCAAGAGCCGGCUGCAUGAGUAGCUUCGUUCUUCUGUUGUCGGGCUUUGUUUGGUGGACAAUGCAUUUGAACGGUGAAUGGGUUUGCUCAUUCAAUAUCUUUGACCAAACAACCCAGGAAAUCAAUCUUUCCAAAGAAUUCGCUAUUACACCGAGUCAAACAGGACGGGUUAAAGAUGGGUUCAACAAAACCCGCCCCUGCUGCAAUCUCGGCUCCAUUGGUUGUCUGAACCAAUGGAUCGGUUUAAGACUCUAGUGGCUUGUGGAUGGGUUAAAUCAAACAUAAUAGACUACUGUUGCGGAGGGUUUUCACAUGGAAUGAAUGGUGCAAGACACAUUUGCUCGAA